AUGGCCGACUCGGUCACCUUCCAAGCCCCUCUCUCCCAGGGGUUUGGCUAUGGUAUUAUCAUCGGCUUAGGGUUUGCCUUUGCCCUGACCAUGAUCUUCAUUACCUGGGCUCUCAAGCGAUACCAACAUGAAGUGAUCACAUCAGAGAUGUUCUCUACCGCUGGACGAACUGUCAAGUCUGGCUUGGUUGCUUCUGCGGUCGUGAGUAGUUGGACUUGGGCCGCUACUCUUCUCCAGUCUUCCGCCGUGGCCUACCAAUAUGGUACCUCGGGUCCGUUUUUCUAUGCAUCUGGUGCCACCGUCCAAAUCAUCCUGUUUGCCACGCUUGCUAUUGAACUGAAAAGACGCGCCCCCAAUGCACACACUUUCCUCGAAGCUAUUCGUGCUCGAUAUGGAACCGCUGUGCAUGUCGUCUUUAUCGUCUUCUGCUUGAUGACAAACAUCCUUGUGACCGCCAUGCUGCUUACUGGCGGUUCGGCAGUUUUGACCUCCAUGACGGGCGUCCCAACAGUUGCUGCCUGUUUCCUCCUCCCAAUCGGUGUUGUCAUCUAUACUCUGUUCGGUGGUAUCAAGGCGACGUUUAUCACCGACUACAUGCACACCGUUGUCAUUAUUGUCAUCAUCUUCAUCUUCUCCUUCUCUGCCUAUGCUACCCAUGACAAGCUGGGAUCUCCUGGAAAAGUAUAUGAUUUGCUCGUCCAAGCUGCAAAGCUCCACCCGGUUGAGGGCAAUGCCGAGGGAAGCUAUCUGACCAUGAGAUCGAAGGAAGGUGGUAUUUUCUGGGUCAUUAAUAUUGUUGGAAACUUUGGCACUGUCUUCCUUGACAAUGGAUACUAUAACAAAGCUAUUGCCGCGCACCCAGUUCAUGCGUUUCCCGGGUAUGUCAUCGGAGGUCUUUGCUGGUUUGCAAUCCCCUGGCUCUGCGCUACCACUAUGGGACUCUCAGCUCUUGCCUUGGAGGGUACUCGCCGCAUCAGCUCGACGGACGUCACCGCAGGUCUCGUGCUGCCCUUCGCCGCUGUCGAGCUUCUUGGCUACAGCGGAGCCGUAUGCACAACCCUCAUGGUCUUCAUGGCGGUCACCUCUGCCUUUUCUGCACAGCUGAUCGCUGUUUCCUCGAUCCUCACCUACGACAUCUACCAAGCAUACAUCAACCCGGCCGCCAAGGGCCAGCGCCUCGUUUGGGUCUCGCACCUGUCCUGUAUCCUCUUUGCCGUCGUUAUGGCCUCCUUCGCCACGGGUCUCUACUACGCCGGCAUCGGCAUGGGCUACCUCUACCUCCUCAUGGGCGUGAUCAUCUCGUCGGCCGUCUUCCCCGGCGCCAUGGCUCUCAUCUGGAAGGGCCAGAACUGGAUCGCAGCCGCCGCCUCGCCCGUGCUCGGCCUCGCCAUGUCCCUGAUCGCCUGGCUCACCACCACCAAGAGCCAAUACGGCACCUUCACCGUGCAAACCACGGGAUCCAACUACCCCAUGCUCGCCGGCAAUGUCGCGGCCCUCCUCAGCCCCCUUGUCUUCUCGCCCCUGCUCACCUAUCUCUUCGGCCCGCAGAACUACGACUACGAGUCCAUGCGCGCCAUCCGCAAAGUCGACGACUCCGACGUCGCGGCCGCCGCACACGUCCACAUCGACCUUAUUCCCGGCGAAACCCUCUCCGCCGCCCAGGAGCAGGAGGAAAUCGCCAAGCUCAACCAGGCCGCGGUCCUCUCGCGCGCCCUGACAGUCAGCAUGGUCGUUUGCUUCCUCCUCCUCUGGCCAAUCCCCAUGUACGGCUCGUCGUACGUCUUCAGCAAGGAGUUCUUCACGGGCUGGGUGGUGGUUGGGAUUAUCUGGUUGUUUGGCUCGGCGUUUGGCGUUGUGGUGUUCCCGCUUUGGGAGGGGAGGGAGAGCAUGGUUCGCAUUGUCCGACUUAUGGCGCUUGAUGCGAUGGGGAGGAAGAAGCAGCAGGACGCACUGGACGGUGACAAGUCCCACGAAGAGACUACGUCGGGGGUUAUCACGCCAACGGAAAAGGUCAUGUUGAAAUCGGAUACUACUGUGUGAUAUUCCCCCCCCUCCUUUUUCCCUUUUCACUUUGAUGAGGAAACUGAAAUUGUGGCUCAUGAUUCUUAUACCCCCUGCCUCCCUCCUUCGUUUUUGGUGUUGGCUUUGCCCUUGUUUUGCUUCGUUACAUAUUUAUAUAACUAUCGAGUGACUUUUUGGUCCUUACCAGUGGGUAUAUAAUAUAAUAUAAUAUAACAUAAUAUAAUAUAGCCUUUGGCUAUAAUGCC